AUGACCGUCAAAGCUGACGACGACCAGAGUCCAACUCAUGGUUCACCAUCCGAGAGACCAUUCGAGAAUCGUUUCCCCCUUCUUGAUGAGACCCUUUAUGAGGUGGCUCAGAACGAGACUAAGCUCCCGGACUUGCUAGAUGAGAAGCCCUUGAGGAAGCUCGCUGAACCCGAGUUGAACGCAACACAGACUGAACAUUACUAG